AUAAUCUGACAGUUUGUUUUAUAGGGUCCCCUACUCAAUUUCGCAAAGUGCGGAAAUUUCUUUGUUUUUAUCACUAAAUUAGUGAAAAUUGUGUAAAUAUGUUUGGAAAUAAAGUGCCGAAAGCCUCUGAGGAGAAGGAAGAGGAAUCCGAUGCCAGCAUGGAGGAUGUUUACACAGGAAAUGAAAAACUCCAGGUGGACUUUGAGGGUAGGAAUCCAAUUGAUAGUGACUUCGAUGGGAUCAAGCAGAUGCUCAGUCAACUCUUCCUCAAUGCCAAAGUCAAUACAAAUGAACUGACGGACAUGAUCAUUGCCCAGAACUACGUGGGCAGUGUGAUCUGGCAGAGUGAGGUGGAUGAUGACGAUGAGUCGGAUGUGGAGGACUCAGGAGGGAUUAUAUUCGGCAUCACGACAGUGCUGAAUCUCAGCAAAUGGCAGGAGAAGGAGUGCAUAAAACAAAUCCGGGAGUAUUUGCUGGAGAAAGCUGAGGGAUCUUCGGAGAGGCUGAAGGAGAUUUUCAACGACAGCGAGCACUCUGUGGGUUUCCUGGUCAAUGAACGCUUCAUCAAUAUCCCCCCACAGAUUUCCAUUCCCCUCCUUGAUAGCCUGCAGAAGGAGAUUAAUCGUGCUGUGGGGAAAAAGAUGCCCUUUGAGUUUGAGUACUUCCUCAUGGUCCUCAAGUACUACAAAGCCGACAGCAAGAAGAAGAGUAAAGUGGAGGAGAUGAGCUACUCAAAUCCCGAAGAGGAAGUCAUUGCCAAGGAUGCCAUUCUGUCUUUUGACUACUCCGUAGCUGAAGCUGACACAGGGCUAACGGGCAAUUGGCUGGAGGAUGAUGUUGCUCUCACACCCUACCGGAAAGUUAUUGUCUUUGAGGCGAAAAAACUCCCUGAAAUUGUUUGCAGGAUUAAGGAGUUUGUUGAAUAAAUUCAAAAAUUGAAAA